AUGUGCCCCAUAGUGUUGUGUCUAUUUAGUCUGCUGGCAGCAGCUCAGACCAAGGAAUUGAAGUCCGAGUCGGAGUUGGAGGCGGAGGCACGUGGCAUGGCGAUGUUGCAGCAACGGAUGAUGCUGGAGCUGGUGCAGCGGCACAAACAGAUGCCAAGGUUAACUUACUUCACCUGCCGCAAUGCCGCCAACAAUGACACGGGCAAUGUGCGCGCCAAUCGCGCCAACUUGCAACAACUGCGCGUGGCAUUCGAUGCCAAGAAUUUGCAACUGAUUGAGAGUCUCUAUGCAAGCAGCGGCGCCUUUGUGCGGAUUGUGCACCUCGAUGUGCUCAGUCAGGGGAAGAGCAAGCCAGGUGGCAAGGCCAGAGCGGGACAGGGCACACGCAGUCGAGGUGGCGCCACUGGCGGUGGCAGUGGCAGUGGCAACAGCGUCACAGCAUUCAACUCGCAGCUAAACGCCGACUGGUUGGACAAUGUGAUGAUGGUGGAAGCCCUGCGGCAAUUUGUGGUCGUGGAUUUGGCAUGCGGCAUGCUAAGUCGUCGUUUCCUGCAAAUGGCUUCAGCCAAGAUGCUCUACAACGAUAAAUAUCACUGGCUAUUGAUUGAGGAUUAUUCGCUGCACGUAAGUGCAGGCGUCUUCUUCUUGGCGGAACAUCCACGACUGGAUCUGACGGAUGAGGAUAAGGACAGGGAUAAGGAUAAGGAUAGGGAUGCGGAUGAACUCGAGCCCAUUGAGGACUUAAUGGAGACCCUGAACUUCUACAUGAACACCGAACUAACGUUGGCCAAGCGACUCAAGCCUCAAGACGACAGCUAUGCACUCUACGAUGUCUGGAAUCCAGGGCUAAACUUCGGGGGUCGUGUGAACAUAACGGAAAUUGGCAGCUACAGUUUGACGAGUGGACUGGAGAUACAUCGCUGGUUUCGCACAACGUCGACGCUGCUGCGACGCCUGAAUAUGCAGCAUGCCCAAGUGCGUUGCAUGGUUGUGGUGACUAACAAGAACAUGACGGGAACUUUGAUGUAUUAUCUAACACACACGGUAUCCAGUCACAUCGAUACGAUGAACCGUUUCAAUUUCAAUCUGCUGAUGGUCGUACGCGACAUGUUCAACUGGACAUUUGUGCUGUCAAGGACUUCCACCUGGGGAUACAUGAAAAAUGGCCGCUACGAUGGCAUGAUUGGUGCUCUCAUACGCAACGAGACGGACAUUGGUGGAGCACCAAUUUUCUAUUGGCUGGAGCGGCACAAGUGGAUCGAUGCCGCCGGACGCAGCUGGUCGAGUCGACCGUGUUUCAUCUUUCGUCAUCCGCGGAAUACGCAAAAGGAUCGCAUUGUGUUCCUGCAGCCGUUCAGCAAUGAUGUUUGGAUAUUGAUUUUGGUCUGUGGUGUGCUUACCGUGGUCAUACUGUGGCUCCUCACCACCAUCGAGUGGAAACUGGUGCCACAUCAAGGCGCGGCUUUGAUCAAGCCCAAGGGAGGCGCCCCACCACCACAUCAUUUGCAUCAGCAACAUCAACAACAACAUCAGCAGAGUCCUGCUCAGCAGGAGGCAGCUGUUUUGGAGGGAGGAUUCUGGCAACGCUGUUAUGCAAAAUUGAGUAACUACAUCAGCAAAAGGCAGGCGAAUAAAAAAUCGCCGGAACGCGUUGGUCUCUUUCUGGAAUCGGUGCUGUUCUUUGUGGGCAUCAUUUGCCAACAGGGUUUGGGUUUCUCCACCAGCUUCAUCUCUGGCCGCACCAUUGUCAUCACCAGUCUCUUGUUCUCCUUCAGCAUCUAUCAAUUCUAUUCGGCCAGUAUUGUCGGCACUCUGCUCAUGGAGAAGCCCAAGAACAUCAAGACACUCAGCGAUUUGGUUCACAGUUCGCUGCAGGUGGGCGUCGAGGAUAUUGUCUACAAUCGUGAUUAUUUCUUGAACACCAAGGAUCCGGUUUCCAUGGAGUUGUAUGCCAAGAAAAUCACCAGUAUACCGACUGCCAAGGAAACUGAGGCACCACCUGCAACUGUUGCCGAGGAGGAACCGGAAACAACCAGCGAAGAUGCCGCCAAGGCUUAUCGCGAUAUUGUGCACAGUCAUGAAGUUGGAGCUCAUGCCAAGGAUAAUGUGGCCAGUAAUUGGCUAGAUCCCGAUACGGGUUUAUCGCGAGUGAAACACGAACGUUUCGCUUUUCAUGUGGAUGUUGCGGCUGCCUACAAAAUAAUUUCCGAAACUUUUACGGAGCGCGAGAUUUGCGAUCUCACAGAAGUCAGCAUGUUUGCACCACAGAAAACUGUAUCUAUAACCCAAAAGAAUUCUCCGAUGCGUAAGGUCAUCUCAUACGGCUUAAGACGCGUCACUGAAACGGGCAUCUUUUCGUAUCAAUUCAACAUUUGGCACUCCAGAAAGCCACCGUGUGUAAAGAAAAUUGAAACCUCCGAUUUGCAUGUUGAUAUGGAUACUGUAAGCACGGCUUUAAUGAUUCUCCUUUUGAGCUAUGGCAUUGCUUUAAUGGUGCUGGGAUUUGAGAUCGUUUACUCCAAGUGGAAAUCUCGCAUUGUCUUUAAAUUGAAUUGA